AUUCCCUCUGGCUGCGGUUCCGAGAAUAGCCCGGAAGGAGGCAGGGUCCCGGCUAGAGAAGCGUGGCUCCAGAGUUGGGGGGUGUGCGGGGCGAGCCCGGGCGGGGGACGCUACCCAACAAGCAGGUUUGGGGAGACUCAAACCUUACAUUCUGAGUUUUUAAGCUUCUCUCCUCAAAGCGGGGAACUCACGAACGUUUCGUGAGCGGCUACGGUGUGCAGGGCACGGAGCGGAGCCCUAGGGUCACUGACUUGACCAGGACAGCCGAGCAGCUGCAGGAUCCGUCGUGUUCCCAGCAAUUUUCGUAUUUAAAAAUGCGUUGCCGUUGCUGUUGUUUUCUCUAUAUUGGAUGUCUUCGUGAAGAACCCUCAAAAGUGCGAUGAACUCCUCCCUGCCAGGGGGCGGCCGUGCGCUCUGAGCACAGCUUCCAGCGAAGCCGGCCAGGUCCUCCAGGGCACCGAGAGAGCCGGCCAGAACGGCGGCGCCCUAUCCCGGCCGCGGCAAUGUCUGACGGCGCCCCGGAACUGACGGUCUGGUACGCAGGGGCGCUCGGCGGCAACGGCGGCUUUAAACGUCAUCGCGGGCGCGACGCCCGAGGGGCGGUCUGGGGUUUGGCUGUCCGGAAGGUGCGGCGGCGAGACCGGCCGGGAAGAUGCCAGUGGCGGUGAUGGCGGAAAGUGCCUUCAGUUUCAAAAAGUUGCUGGAUCAGUGCGAGAACCAGGAGCUCGAGGCCCCUGGAGGAAUUGCUACACCCCCAGUGUAUGGUCAGCUUCUAGCUUUAUAUUUGCUCCAUAAUGACAUGAAUAAUGCAAGAUAUCUUUGGAAAAGAAUACCACCUGCUAUAAAAUCUGCAAAUUCUGAACUUGGGGGAAUUUGGUCAGUAGGACAAAGAAUCUGGCAGAGAGAUUUCCCUGGGAUCUAUACAACCAUCAACGCUCACCAGUGGUCUGAGUCGGUCCAGCCAAUUAUGGAAGCACUUAGAGAUGCAACAAGGAGACGUGCCUUCGCCCUGGUCUCUCAAGCGUAUACUUCAAUCAUCGCUGAUGAUUUUGCAGCCUUUGUUGGACUUCCUGUAGAAGAGGCUGUGAAAGGUAUAUUAGAACAAGGAUGGCAAGCUGAUUCCACCACAAGAAUGGUUCUGCCCAGAAAGCCAGUUGCAGGGGCCCUGGACGUUUCCUUUAACAAGUUUAUUCCCUUAUCAGAGCCUGCUCCAGUUCCCCCAAUACCCAAUGAACAGCAGUUAGCCAGACUGACGGAUUAUGUGGCUUUCCUUGAAAACUGAUUUAUCACUGAGUUCAAGAUUCAUCUUCAGAAUCCUGUAUACUGACAAAUAUCGAAAUGUAAAGUUUGUAUUUUCAGUUUAUUGGAUGGCUUAAGCACCUCAGCAUUCCUUACUGAGUAUGUGAUAAAAUACAUAUAGAAUAUAAAAUAUACUGUAUACAUUUCGUCCUUAAACAUUAUGCUGAAUAGUUGUUGAAACAGUUCUCAUUUUGUAAUACUUAAUAAUCUGGAUGGAGCCCGUCAGUAUUACAGUUAAUUUGUUUUCUGGUGACUCAUAAAAUAAGAUUUCUUGUUUCAUGUAGAAUAGUGUUUGUCAACUGUCUUUUGUCUGCCCCAGCACAUGCCACACUCUUACCUGUACCAUUGGUUGAUAAUUGUCAUGACUCAUUUGGACUUGAAGCAAGACUGUCCCCAGGCACAGUAUCGGGAUCCCUGGGGAUUAUGAGUCACGCUCUUUGGAGAACAUGCUCUCUUUUCACCCCCACCUCCUGAGAGCCACUAAUGUAAAAUACAGAAACAUAGCUGAGGAACAAAUAGACUAUUUCCAUACUAAACCAGUUUGUUGACUUUAGAUUUUUUCCAAUAGUGUGAGUAUAUCCAUUGCUGGCAGUGGAGGGCUUGCCAUGAAAAUGCAACUUAUUUAAGACAUUCAUGAGAUGUAUUAACUUGUGCUGUCUCCUUUUAGAAGGGAAAACAAGUGUGGAAUGCAUUGUAUGGGCAAAGAAGCUAUGAAGAUACAUGAUACACUUUGUACAACUAUCCUGCAGCCCAUUGGUUCCUUGUAUUUAUCCCUUGGCUCAAGUUCUGCCCUUUGGAGAAAUACUGAGCAAGUCUUUCAUUCUGUGUGUGACAGCCCUCUGAAUAUUUGAAGUUGUUUGUUGGAACUUCAGGUUAUAACAGCCCUUAGUUCAUUUAUUCCGCAUUUGUUCAAUAAAUAUUUAACUGAAUUCUUCAA